AUGAAUAAUAAAACAACAAAUGAAAUUUCACAAGAACAACAACAAAUUGCAGUGGUAAUUUUAGAUGAAUAUUGCCGAUAUUAUUCAGAUUUUAGUAAGAUAUUAGGUGUGUAUAUAAAGAAUUUAUAUCCAAAUUUUCAUUUUCAAUUUCAACAAUUACUUGAUGCUUCAUACAAUAUAUGGCAUCGUUUAAGUAAUGAAGAUAAAAUAUCAUUAGCAACUUUUCUUGAAGAUAUAAAUCGAGAAAAUCAUCAUCCUAUGAAAAUAAAAACUUUCAAUGGUCUUAUAAAUUCGAAUUCAAAAUCAAUUGUAUUGAAUACUAAUUCAUAUAUGACAUCACAUACAGAACCUAAUAAUACAUUAAUUAAAAAACGUAUGAUUUUAACACCUUAUCAUAUUUAUUUGAAAGAUGAACGUAAAAAAUUUAUUCAAAAUCACUCAAAAAUGUCCAUACGUGAUAUAAAUAAACGUUUAUAUGAACGUUGGCAAAAAUUGUCUAAUCGAAUGAAAUAUAAAUAUGAAUAUCGUUCAUAUCUUGCUAAAAAACGUUUAUAUAAAAAACAAGGCAAAUCAAUUCAAUUAAAAAAACCUUCUUUUAUUAAACGAAUGUCAUUAAAAACAAUACAAAGAAAUAAAUAA